AUGGCUUAUUGGAUAAUAUAUAGACUCGAUAUUAAGCAAUAUUCUGUAAAUAAAGAAUAAAUUCAAUUUGAUUUAUAUUCUAGAAGUUAUCUUUGGGAGUAAAACAAUCAUCUGAUUUUGAUUAUAAUUUUGUAAGUUUAAAUAGUAAAUAAUUAACCAAAAAGAUAUUAGAGUCAAAUGCAGUAGGGAGAUUAGAUAAUAAUUGAGUGGAAGCACUACGAAUUAAAAACAUUUAGGAUUUUAUUAACCUCAGUAUUUUUAGUGUAUAGGAUUUUUACCCUUUUUGCUCUCUGCAAAUUGUUUUUAGAUGAGUAUUACAAGACAUUUGCCUUAUUAGUUAUUAGCUAGAUAUUGCAAUUAUCUGUCACUUCAAAUAUUGUUUAUUCUAGUUUUCUAAAUAAAAUAAAUGCUCAAGCUAUAUUUUGGGAAAUAUUUUAUUGGAUACCUAGAGACAGAGAGCACUAACUGGAUCUUUUAAAAAGUUAGCCGUUUGGUUAAAUUAUUAAAGUUUUGAUACCUUUAGUAGAAAAUUUAGCAUUUCUCUCCAUAAUAGUGUUCAACUAUAAAAAUCAAAGCAUAGUUUACUUAAUCGCAUAAAUGAUGAGCUCUUUCCUCUUUUGCUUUCUUAUUGAAAUAGAUAAUUACAAGCAAAAGAGCUUUUUUUAAACUGUUUUAAGUUGUGGAUUUAAAUUUGUCAUGAUGAAUGUUUAUUUUGGUUACUUUUUGAUUUGCCAUCGUUCUAAUUGGAUCUACUUUUACGAUAUUACUAUAUUAGUAGUCUCAUUUGGUAUUAUCUGCUCUAAUCAUUUUUCUCACAUUCUCUUAAAGUUUGGAUAUAAGCAUGAUCGACUGGAUAGUCGUUUAGUCCAGCUUGUGCAAACAGGAUUGAUAGUACAUAACUUUGGUUUUUACUCUGAAUUCAAAGUAGGUAGCAAAGAUGAAAAGGAGCAGCAAAUGUCAGAUUAGACAAAUAUUUUAUGCGGUAUGUAGGUAUUUUAGCUUUGCAUAUUCAUUUUAUUUGACAAUCUUGUAAAUGAGAGAGUAGAAAAUGACAUCUUUAGGACGAUUCUACAUAUUUACUUGAUAUUAAUUAUCUAUUACUUGGCAAAAGUAUUUAGCUGGUUUAUUAAUUAUAUUUAUUAUGGUCCAUUCAGGAGAGCCAUUUAAAUAGAUUGCUUAGAUAUUAUAAACAUGUCUCUUAAGCAAAUCGAAAGAAACUACUUCCGAUUCAACUCGCUCCAAGUGAGUGCCACAAUUUAUAUUAAGAACUUUUUACCUUAACAAUUCGAAAGACUAUUCAGUUAUCUACUAAAACAAGAUAUUAAUUUAAAUAUUUUUCUAGAAGGGAAUCUGAAGUUGAAUUACUUUCUAACAAAAAAAAUUGAAGGAGUUAUUAAGCUUAGAUUGAUGAACAAUGAGUUUACAAUACAAGUUGUGAACUAAAUCAUUCAAAACAAGCAUUACAAGUUUAUGUAUUCUCUCCAAGUCAAUAGUCACAACUAAGAUCUCAUUCUCUAAAAUUUUGUAAAAAACUACUAAAUUAUACCAAACAUAUUGCUGAAAGAAAGCUAAUUAAAUAACUCAAUCUUAUUUAUAGCAACAGAAGUAGCAAAAAUUAUUGUAUACAACAAGCUAAUCUAAGAAGAAAUGAGUUUAAACCCAAGACAAAUUUACUACGACCUAUUUGAUUUCUGA